AUGUCGACAACCAUGCUGCGCACCAGCGCCGUCCGUUCGAUCCCGCGUUCCUUCACCUCCCUCCAAGCUACCACGCCACGAACAAGCGUCCUGAACAGGACUCUGAAAGCCUCGUUGCGAACCUCUGCUCGUCCCAUGCGGACCUCCCGUAUCCUCGCUGUCACCGCGUUCCAGCCAGUCCCGAGAGCCUUGGUGCGCUACGCCCACAACGCACACGCUUAUGACACCGCAAAGGCAGAGAAGGCACUCCAUGACAAGGUUUUGCAACCAAUCCCACAAGCAGUUUCCAGUGAAUCGACCUCUCGACAAGUGGCUGGCGAACUUUCAAGACCGACAGCCGACGAUGAGGAUGUGGACAUGAUGGCCGGUAUUCGCAGUGACUUUAACACGAUCAAAGAGACAUUUAGUUUGCAAGAUGUGCCUCGUGAGGCUCUUUAUGUCGGGCUGGCGGGUGUGAUUCCUUAUCUGGCUACGUCUCUGACUACCGUCUACCUUUCGUUCGACAUUCAAUAUGCGGCCACCCAUGGCCAGGGAUUUUUCAUGUCUGGCGAGACAGCCGAGACUCUGCUUCACAUCAUUGAGCCAAUUCAGCUCGGCUACGGUGCCUCGAUCAUCUCCUUCCUUGGUGCCAUCCACUGGGGUCUUGAAUGGGCUGGCUACGGUGGUUACAAAGGCUAUCCCAGAUACUCGAUGGGUAUCGUUGCGACUGCUGUUGCAUGGCCGACACUCCUUCUCCCUGCCGAGGUUGGCUUGAUUGCCCAGUUCCUGGCCUUCACCUUCUUGUAUUACAACGAUGCAAGAGCUUCCAACCGAGGCUGGGCUCCUCCGUGGUACGGAGUCUACCGAUUCGUUCUCACUUUCAUCGUCGGCGCCAGUAUUGUCGCUUCGUUGAUCGGACGUGGCCAGAUCGCUGAUUUGGUCACUCGACCUCCGGGACCUGCCGACAGAAUGAGAGCGCUCCGAGCCAAACAGAUGGAAGAACUUGGACCUGAGCCAGUGGGCGGCGACGAGGACGAAGAGGAAGAAGAAGGCGGUGAGGAGGAAGAGGAGUAG